AUGGGCGGCGUGGUGAGUACGGGUCUCGUCCACCUGUUGCUGACCGCGAGUUCAUACGGAGGCCCUUCGGCGGACAGAGGGCCGGUGGACAGCGCCGUGGAGCUGGUGAACGGCGUGCGGGUGCGCCGGUCGCUGGGCAUCCCGUACUCGUUGCCCUUGCGAGCGCACAACCGCUUCGGAGCACCACGUCUGCUCGACUACCAGCAGUACUUGCGUGCCCACACCAACAGCGAAGACGACUGCCUUUACUUGAACGUGUGGCAGCCGCUGCUCGAGGAGGAUGGCGGUACUGAGUGCGGCGUCUGCGGCCGCCCUCCGCUACUGCCGGCCGUGGUGGUUCUGCACGGCGGUCGCUUCCAAUACGGGGGCGGCGGCGGACCGUACACCUUCUACGACGGGAAGCACAUAGCCGCCGCCUGGCGUGCCGUAGUCGUGGUGCCGGCGUACCGAGUGGGUGCCUUCGGCUUUCUCAACGCCGCGCUGCAGCCCGACGAGGCCCCCGGCAACGUGGGCAUCAGAGACCAGAUAGUCGCGUUGCAGUGGGUGCGCGACAACAUACAUCUAUUCGGAGCAUCGCCGUUCCAGGUGACGCUUCUGGGUCACGAGGCCGGAGCAGCGUCUUUGGGCUACCACCUGCUGUCUAACCGGAGUGCGGCGUACUUUCAGCGGGCGGUGAUGAUGGCUGGUUCGCCGUACGCUCCUUACCCUGAGAACAGUGGCAGCGCCGCCGAACGCAAUGUGCGCGCGCUAGCCAGGGAACUGCGUUGUCCAGACUCGUCGGCCAGAAGAGCCGCCAUCGACUGCCUCAAGUCACGCUCUGUGAGGGCCACGCUCGAAGCAGCCGACAGCGCUGGCAUCGAGUUCGGGCCCAGCUACCUUUCCCCGCAGACAGUCACGCACGAACACAAGAUGUUGGAGAAUGCUGUGGUGCCGGAGAAGGACAUCAACAUGCACGCGCGCUUCAGGCCCCUGGAUUUCAUUGCGGGCUACACCAGCAACGAAGGCGUGCCCUACGUUCUCGAAAUGUUGCGACGCUCGCAACUGCACUUCAACGACGAGACCAGUGGGUGGGAAGUGCUCGAGCUGCUCGCAGACUGGUUGCGGAGACACGGAGUGGCGGAACCCCGCGAGGUGCUCGACUUCUACGGUCUGCACGCGCCGCAGUUCGCGAACACGAAGGGCGUCAACGUGCUUGAGUCCCUGGACGAGCUCCUGGGCGACAUGCACGUCUACUGCCCGGUCAACUUAAUGGUCGAAGAAGCCGCGGCGCUCGGAAGCCGCGUGUUCACGUACGAGUUUGCGCACCUUCCUUACUACCGCUGGUGGGCCCACUGGAAAGGAGUUCCCCAGCUUUUGGACUUUAUCUACGCAUCCGGCCUGGUGGGCGCCAUCCAGGACGAGUACGGGCUAGACCACAGAGAGCUCCAAUUCUCGCAGCACAUGGCCGACAUGUUCGCGGGAUUUGUAUGGAACGGUGAGCCGCCUCCAGAGUCCAACUGGACCCGCUGGGAGACCUUCCACCGAGGUCCCAUAGUCUUCGCAGGCAGCGAGAACAGAAGUUACGCCAAAGCAGCCGUGAUGCCCCAUGAGACAAACUGUGCCUUUUGGAAGGCGUUCCUCUAUCGACAGGCCACUAGUAUGGCUACAACUACAAUGCCAUAG